AUGAAGAUAACGUAUACGGCUCUGGUGUACGGCUUCAUUUCACUUUUCCUAAGCACGAGUUGUGUCCAAGCGGUUUUUUCAGAAGAUGCUUUUGUCAUCGAUUGGCAAUUGGCUAACUUGGGCCCUUGGGAGAAAAUUAUCCCUGAUGCUCGAGACCGCAACCGGGUUCUAAUCGUUUCCAACUCCACUGAAACUUCCUCUUUGGUUUCUUCUUUCAAUAUUUCUUCGGGACAAAUUCUUUUCAGAAACGUUUUACCCUUCGCUGUCGAUGACAUUCAACUGGAUAGUAAUGACCACAACAUCUUGGUUUGCGUGAACUCAUCAAGCCAAAAAUGGCAAAAAUUUGACUUACAUGACUGGUUCUUACUGGACGAAGGUGUAAGUAACGUUCCCGCCACAACUAUUUUGCCACCACUCUCAUAUCCAAAUGAUCAAGUGAUCAUAAAGGGCGAUGGACUGCAUGUCCUUGACAAGACAUCGGGUUUGGCCCAAUGGAAAUUGGAAUUGCCUCAAGGGUUUGAUAAGGUGGAAUAUUUCCAAUAUGAAGAUCCCUUGACCUUAGUGUUGAAUGUUAAUCAUACUCAGUAUAUAGGAUUUUCUGUCAAUGGUACAGAAUUGAUACCAGUUUGGCAAAGAGAAGAAUCAUUGACUAAUGUGGUAGACUAUGCUGUAUUGGAUGUUUUUGACUCUAGAGAUGUGGAAUUGAAUGAAGAUAUGAAAGCCGAAGUUUUUUCUGAUUCUCUGUGGGACGCUUACUGGCUCAGGUUGACAACCAAUGGGAAUCGCUUAUUGAAUUUAUUGAAGGACAAUCAUUUUUCACCAGGACGUAUCUUCACUAAAGUCCUAGGUUUGGAUUCCAAAGAUACCACCGCAUCAGACUUAAAAUUUGGGUUUGCCAAAAUUUUGAUUGUUUUGACCAAUGAUGGCUUCAUCGGUGGCCUAGAUAUGAUUAAUAAGGGCCAGCUUGUUUGGAAACUCGAUUUGCAAAUUGACCAAGCUAUUAAAAUGUUCUGGACAGAUGAAAACCAUAACGAACUUGUUGUUUUUUCCCAUGAUGGACAUUAUUUGACAAUUGGACUCACUAACAACUUACCGAUUAUUAAAUCAAGAUCCUCUCUACCUGUAAAGAAAAACGUUUAUUCUGUUAUAAAGUUGGAGGAACACCAGUAUCAAUAUUUGAUUAAAUUUGACAACGCAAAUCAUCUAUUGUUUACAUUAGAUCCCCGCAAGGGCAUGUCUGCAUCAUUUCCUUUCCUCUUCCACUCAGGUUCCCGGAUGUUCAUCACAGAACAUGAUUCAGAUGGCAUAUACGGCUAUAUUAUAGAGAAUGAUUUGAUAAAAGACACUUGGCAAAGAAUUGUGACGCCAAAGGAAAAAAUUGUGGCAUAUGACAAGAGAGGUGAAACAAACUUAAAUAGUCUCGGUAUUACCUUGGGUGACAAAUCCGUUCUUUACAAAUAUUUAUACCCAAAUCUAGCGGCUUAUUUAGUCACUAAUGAAGAACUUCAUACAAUUACUUUUAACUUGAUUGAUACCAUUACCGGUGAAAUCCUGGUCACUCAAAAGCACAAGGAUUCUCCAGACUUCAGGCUUCCAACAGAUAUUGUUUUCGGCGAAUAUUGGGUCGUUUAUUCCUAUUUCAGUUCAGAACCUGUUCCGGAACAAAAGUUAGUAGUGGUGGAAUUAUACGAAUCAUUAAUCCCAGACGAACGUUUGUCCAAUCCAUCAAACCUCGUUUGUUAUAAUCCAUUAACCGGUAACGUCAAUAAACCUCAAUUUCUAACUAAGCAGUUCAUUUUCCCCGAGAUUAUUGAAAAAAUGACCAUAUCCAAGACGACCGAUGAUAUUACCACAAAGGCAAUCGUUAUGGAAUUAGAAAAUGGCCAAAUCACUUAUAUACCAAAGCUUUUCUUGAAUGCAAGAGGCAAACCAGCAGAGGAAAUGACCAACAAUGAUAAAAAGGAGUUUAUGGCUACCCCAUACACGCCGGUUAUCCCAAUCAAUGAUAAUUUCGUCAUCACACAUUUCAGGAAUCUAUUACCGGGAGCUAAUUCCAAAUUAAUCUCUAUCACAACCAACUUGGAAUCUACAAGUAUCAUUUGUGACCUGGGCCAUGAUAUUUUCUGUACAAGAAUCACUCCUUCUGGUCAAUUUGAUCUAAUGAGUCCUACAUUCGAAAAGGGUAAACUGCUCAUUACCAUAUUCAUCCUGUUGGUGAUCACCUAUGUUAUCCGUCCUUCUGUCUCAAGCAAGAAAUUGAAGGAACAAUGGUUAAUCAAAUAG